AUUUCAAUCGUAAAUGAAAGAUAUUACCCCUCCCCCUCCUUUCAAAUAGUUCUCCGGUCUAAUGCUGAAAUAUAUAUUGACUUGAGCAAGUCUACGUCGUCUUGUGCAGUUGCCUUGAUCCCAAAGUGAUGUUAUUGGCUAUUUUUAGAUGUGAGUCCAAACGUCACAGUCGAUAUGCAAACGAUUUGGGUCACGACCCCUGCGCAAGGCAAGUGGGCUUGAAGCGUUGGAUCACAUUUCUCGCAGUGGAGUUCCGUUUGUGUGUCUGACACAGAAAAGGACUACGUUUCAAGUCGUUGGAAUUAAACACGGCGGAAGGAAAAUUGGUACAGCUAUGACAGAUGACAUAUUUAAAGCUCCCCGGAAUAGGAGACCACUAAAUAGGCACGAUUUCGAGCACUCUGUGGGUGUGCCUCCAAGUAAACGGAAGAAAACCAAGGAAGAUUUUUAUACAUUUUGCACAAUGAUAUUGGAAUAUACACAAUACGAAUCCCACAGACAAGAGGAGUUGCGUGCACAAAACAACAUCAGUCCCCUAGACAGUAGUGGCAGUACAGCAGAAAGUUACUCCUCCGAUACAACAGUGUCAGCCGAGAGUCCAGGCCAUCUCGAGUUAUCUCACCAUCUAGACAUGGCAGACUCCGAUAACUCUCACUACUUGGAUGACGACCCUUACAGAUACAGUGAUACAGAGUUUCCUGAGGGUCGCGGAAUGCAAGACGAUGAAUCCUGGGAGUUGAUAACGUGUUUUUGUUUGAAACCCUACGCGGGUCGACCAAUGAUUGAGUGCUCAGACUGUAACACAUGGAUUCACUUGUCAUGUGCAAAAAUACGCAAAAACAAUAUCCCUGAUACAUAUAUCUGCCAAAACUGCAGAGACUCUCGCUACACGAAAAGGAAAUCAAAUCGGAUACGGACUGAGAACAACAAAUUUAAUGUAUAACCCGGACCCAGCUUUCUUGUCAGGGCAUGCACAAAGCCGAUGUGUGCACGGCUCCGAUCGUGUGCUCAACUAGGACGUGUGUACGGCCCAGCGUGUACCUUAAAAUGCAAUGAUUGUGAUAGUUGUGUUAAAGAUGUGUGUUCAAAUGUUAACUGAAAGGGGACUGUUGCAAAGCAUGUGUCCAGAUGUUUAUUGAUGUGUAAAUGACGAAGCAGUGUAGAUGUGUACUAGUAUGUAUGUAGUCACUGAGGAAGCGAGAGAGAUAUAUAUUUUGUUAGCAUGUGUAUAAUCUACAAAUUCAAUUUAUAGAUUUAUGAGGAUGUGAUGUUAGCGAUGUUGAAGAGUCUAUCAGAUGUAUUAUAACAGUCUGUGUGAUACUGGAAUCAUGACUUUAUGUAUAGUGACACUUUUAAUAUUAUUAUUAUUUAAGUGAUAAAAACUUGGAAAGUUAUGUGUUUUAUUUACCGUUAAACAAGUCGAAAAUGUUUUAUUUGUCUUUUUGUCAUGAUAACUACGAACCAUUUAUGGGCUUACAAACUCUUGUAAAUAAUGCAUUUGUUUUAAAAAACACUUUGUAGACAUAACAUUCCAAACAAAUUGUUUUGUAGGUUAUAUAGAUGAUAUGGAUUAUCCGUAACAUGGACAUUAUUUUCAGAAAACUAUAACUUAUCUUUUUCAAAUGGAAAAUUAUUCUUAAUCAAAUCUUAAUUUUUGUGUUCUCACUAUGGAGUGUUGGAAACAAUUGACUUUUCUGUCAUCCUGUCAGAGAUCUUGGUUAAACUUUUUCUCUCUUAUAUUGGAAGUCCAUCUGUACUGAUAUGUCUAGAGUAGUUAUAUGACAUAUCAUACUUCGGUAUCAAUGCUAGGUUACAGUGACCUAUAUUUGGCAGUUACAUUGUAGCUCCACUUGUUGGUCCGGCUAGCAAGCAGUGGAGUAUACUUAUAUUCUAUUUUCAAAAUGUGCAUUCCGCGAUUACACCACCAGCAAAGGCUUUCUUGUGUUUUUGGCAUCUUUGUGUUAACUUAAAGUAAAUAUACCUAUUAAAUUAAAAAUGAAAAAAAAAAAUAUUCAUCUAAUAAAUAAACUCCAACUUUUGAUAUAAUCUAGACCCCUCAAAAAGAUUUUUUUUUUUUAGAUAUUUGUUUUUGCCGCCUUUUCUCUUAAAGUAAGAUAAUCUGUACGUCCGUCCUUUGACUUUUGUCCUGUAAAGACAUUGAAAUGCAAGUGAUCAUAUGUAUAUGCAAAAGAGAUCUCGUGAGCUGCCACUCGAUGUUUAAAAAGCUACAUUUGUAAGGGAGAAUUAUGUUGUAAUAAUAUAUUUUUGAGUGUGAUAAAUCUGCCUUUAUUUGUGUCUUUGUGAGAAUUCUGCCCUCAUUACUGGUAUAUAUGGGUUUUUUCUCAGAUAUUGCUGAGGAAACACCUCAGUACUCCAGAUCACUGAACUUAUAGAGAAAUAAAGGAGACUUCUGUUUAACUUGGUAUUGAAGUAUGAAAAUCCUUAUAUCAGAAUGUCACGAGGGUAAGAUGGUAUAUAUAAUAGUCAACAAACAAGACAAAACAACUGCUAUUUGAUAAUGAAUUGACGUACCAGUAGGUUUUUUUGUAUGAUUUGUAAAUUUAUGAAGAAAAAUUUGAUUGCUAAAUACAUCCAGUUAAAUCAAUUUCCUUUAUAAAGAAGGACUUGAACCAACAGUACUCAAUUACGUGGGUUUAUUACUUUUUUGCUGCUAAAUGGACAAGUUUGUUCUAUUUUGAAUUCGUGCUCAAUAUCAAUACAUGUAUGUCCUUAAGGAGAAAGUUGAAAUGUUUUUGGAAUUAAAUAAUCUUUUUCCCACCAUCGUGGAUAAUUGCAGUGAUUGAAUUAUAAGAGUAGAAUGAAAUAACAAACGUCUGUAAAUACUGGAUGAAAAAUUAAUCUAUAUCAAUUUUAUUCAUGAAACAUUAAAUAAUAUAAAUCUGACAAAUAAUUCUUUCCUACCUAUCCAGUGUUUUUGCCUGUUUGUAUGAUAUUGGGUAAGGUCGGUCUUAAGCUGUACCCUGUUUAUUGCUAGAUAAAAAAAAAGUAAAAGAAAUUAUGUGAAAAUAUUGUGCCGUUUUUGAGAUGUGCACAAUUUUUGAGAAUGCACUCCAGCUUUUAUCUCUGGACAGUGCAAUAGCCAGUUGACAGUUUAUAUCUCGGGACAGAGAAGACGGAUUAAGAUGCAGUUCUCAAAAACUUUGAUGUUAAAGCGAACAAAUUCACAGUUAGAAUAUGAAAAAUCAUUCGGGGUACACUUACAUUAUAGCAAUGAUGUCAAAUUUGAUCUCUUUUCUUCAUGUAUUGUUUUAUUGUUGUUUCCAAGAAGAUAAAUUUGUACAUAUAGUGAUCAAUUGUUUUUGUUUCAUUUCAAUAUUUUUACUGCCAUUUAUUUAUUUUAAAGUGUUGGAUAAAAUUUUAUAAUGUAUGUAUGAUGUAAGGGAGACAAUCGUGUCAAAAUUGUCCAUUUCUAAUUACAUGCUAUGAGGAAUUCCUAACCUUUAAUCUACAAAUAAAAUCAGAUAAGGAAAUUUACUUUCGUUUUUGAAAUUCAUCUUGAUUCUUUUGAAGGUUUAUAGAAUACAACAGACUUUUGGCAGAAUAUAAAUGGUAGUAUGUGUAUAUAUACUGUUGUUACUUUUGCAGGGUUGAUAUAGAUGUUUUACCUGCACCUCGCCAUUUGAAACAGUGCUGUUUUAGCCUAUACAGAAAUCCUUAGUAGGGAUAGAAGCUAUGAAAACAUUUUAUGUGUACAUAAGUUCAGAAGAAUUCCACAUGUUGUCAAUGAUUCUGUCACUUUUAUUGAUUGUUUUGCAUUUAUUUCUGCAAUAAGAUGAUAAAUAUCAGGGGGAUUUUGAAAAAAAAAACAUAAAAUGUUUUACUACAAAAGUGCAAUGACUGAUGUUUGUGUGUGUUGCAUGGAAAUUGCAAAAAAUUUUCUGAUAUCAGUUAAGCAAUUGCUGACAUGGAAAUUUGCAUAUUGCAUAAGUGAAAUAAAUACUUGGUCGGCUAUUUAAAUCGCCUUUCUCCUGUGGUCCAUAGUCUUUCAGUCUUGCUUGGUCCAUCCAUAAAGAGCACUGUUUAUCACUAUUUCUUUGAAGUACUACAAGGAUUUUUCUCAAAAAAUAUUCAUAAUUAAAUGGCUGACAGUUCAGUAUUACUUAUUUCUAAUUCACAUUUCUUAAAUCUCAUUUGGAUUUCAUAUGUAAGUUCCCCUCGUAUCAAUUCAAUGGUGGGGGCCAAGAUCCCUCUGGGGUCUCUAUAUCCCUACAGAACUGAACAUGACGUAUAGAAGUGGCAGAAUCACCUUGUAAUGUGAUUUAACUGUACAGUGUGUAAAGAUGUUUCUGUUUUCACUAUGAGAACUUUAUUAGAAAACUUUAUGUUUUAUUGUUAAGAUGUUUUUUGUAGUAUACAGUCACAAGUCUACGUUUGAUCGUUACUUUCUGUUUUAGUACUAGUUGCCUUUUCAGUUGUUCUGGGAGUUUUCUGUGUUUUAAUGUUAAGCAUUAAAAUUUGGGCAUUAAAACAGAUGAAUCACUUUCUAAUGAAGAAUGUAAUAAUUGUUACACUUCAUAGAAGUUUACAGAGACCAACUUCAGUUACAGAAAAAACAAGUUAGAUUUCUGUUGAGUUGACAAGAGACCAACUUCAGUUACAGAAAAAACAAGUUAGAUUUCUAUUAAGUUCACAGGAUUUUUAUAGAGUUUCUGAUAGGAACCUUUUCUCAGUAACUUAGGUGAUGGAAAAUUUAGAAAUUAAUUGCAUUGGAAAGGCAGAAGUGGAGCCGACUUUGACACUAAAUGGCAGCUAUGUUUGUGAAUGUAUGGAAGUUUUACAUUGGUUUUUUCUACUUGAACAGAAGAAAAGGUUUUCGUGUUGAUUUGGAAGUAUGAGAAAUUGUGUAUAGACAAUGCUAAGAUUUUCUGCUACCAUUUCCUCCUGUAUGUUAUACAGUAAUGAACUAUUGACGAAGUUCCAUCAAUCUGUUUCUCUUAAGAAAUUACUUUCCAAGUACAUUAUACAGACUGUACUCUUUACAACAUGUGCUAUUUAACUAGGAUACAUGUAUAUAUAUCAUGACUGAACAGUUACUACACCAGAAAUCUGUCAAAUACUAUACAAGUUUAUAAGUAUACUGUAAGCAAUGGGUCGUUGUUCCUUCUCCACAGGAUCAACUUUUUUGUGUCAAAAUUAUUUCCCUUAAAAGAACAAAAUCAAUUAUUUCAAUUUAUUUAAAAGAAAUAUGAAUGCCAUCAAAUUAAAGUUUAAAUUAAUGUACAGUGGAAAUCAUAUGGAACUCUUCUUUGAGUUAAAUUUUAUUCCCGUAUCAUACGCCCUUAAAUAUCACUAAAACAGGUAUAUACAUCACUAUUGAUAAUGGGAUAACUUUAUAAAUGAACGGUUACCCGGUAUCUAGAAUUUCUUCUCCGGUUAUUCAAAAGUAUAAUUUAAUGGAGCUCUUUGUAUACAACACAUUAUGCGAAUGCUUCAAAUUAGUGUGAGAUUAAUGUUUUCCAAACAUCUAGAAGAAAAUAAAUCUUUAGGCCUAAUACUUUGAUAUUGCAAGAUAAUCUGGGUAUUGUGAUAUUUUGAAAUCUGUUAAAUCUAAUUACUGUUCAACAGUUUAAAGUGAUGUAUUGAUAACACCAGCGUCAUUUUACAUAAAACCGACACUCCUACAUGAUAUAUUACUAGUUUUACUGAAACAUUCAAUUAUGUGUAUAUAAGGAUACUGAUGGAAUUUAAUCAACAAAAAUUGUUUAAUAUUCAAAGUCACUUGUAGCCAAGAAAGGCCUGUUAAAUUUCCGUUUAAUUGUUGAACCAGAUUAGUGGGCACUUAUACCUAUUUAAAUUUGAUAUGAAAUGACCAGGUUUUUUAGAAUGAAAUGUUCAGUGUCUCUAUUAGCAUGCAUUGUUUUUCUUCUGUUUACAAUGUACUUCCUGAGGGGAACCUACUUCAUUCUCACAGUCCAUACACAUGUGAUAGAUCGGAACAUCUUCACAGCUGUGUCACCGUAGGAUGAUAUUUUGUAAAAGUCUGAUGGACAGUAAAACCCAAUGAUUUCAUUCUAUCAUACAAAUAUGUUUUAAAUGCCUUUAUCAAGUAUUUUCUACAAAAUAGAUUAAUUCGAAGUGAAAUAUGGAAACUUGUAAUGAAUGUGAUUGAAUAUAGGCUUUGUGAUCUACUGUCAGAAUCCAGCAAAAACACUUUAAUUUAGUUAGAAAAUUAAGUAUAUACCACAGAGCUUAAAUCAUAAACAAUCCAGUCUUGUAAACAAUAACACCUGUGUGAAAGCAGGACUAAACUUUGUAGUAUACAUAUUUCCCGAGUCCUAAGGUAGCUAGGGGAGGUAACUGGAACAUUAAACGAUAGUGGUUUGAUAAGGAAUGUGUUAAUUGCUGGUAAAAACCAAAACCAUUUGAAGGGUGGAUCAGGAAAUCUUGUUAAAACAGUACUAGAUUUUCUCAUACACUAUGUAAAUAUGUACAUUUGUACAGAGAAUGUUUUUAUUUUUAAACUUUCCCAGGAACCAAAUACAUGUACCUUAACACAGGUACGUUGAUGUUCUAUAAUUGAUUAUGUUGAAAAUUUUAUUUUAAAAAUCAAGAUUAGGUACACUCAGAACUUUUAAACUGAGAAAUCAUCUAUUAUUAUAGUUGAAGUUCAUUGAACUUGUGUCAGAAACCGUAAGUGAAAUUAAUAUGCUUUGUUGUGUAAAUAAUGAUAAUCUCAUUAUUUUUAUUUUAAUUGAAAUUAUGACCAAUGUUAUCAAUAAUUGUAGAAAGAUUUUAGAUGCUUUUGAAAUGUUGGUGUACAAACUGUAACAAGUGAUAUUAUUUUCUGAUGAUAACCUAAAGUGCCCUUUGAUGCUUCAGAAAAUAACACAUGGAUAUUCUUGUCGGAUAUUCCUGUCGGAUAUUCCUGUCCCUGUAUAGACUUUCAACCCUGCUAUACUUCAGUAAUAUCAGCGAUCAUGAGUUCCAUAAAAAUGUACAAAGUUGAGUGUUCUGUGACUAUCUUAAAUAUCGUCCAACAUUGAGGUUCAGUAUGAGGAACUAGAAAUCAAUUCAUAAUUAUUCAAACACGUUACGGCUGAUACAUUUGACGACAAAAAAUCUUAAGUCAAUGUGUUUAAAUCUGAAUAUUCUAUUACUCAGCAUUAAAAUAAAAAAAAUGAUACCAGUACAUUGCUAAAAUUCUUUUUUUUUUGGCAUUGAAAUAAAAAGUUUGGUAUAAAUUUUAAUUUACAUGCCAAAGAUCCCCCCCAUCCUGGGCCUCAAUUUGACUUUUUAUGCUAAAUUCACAGUUCCUAUUUAUAUACCCCUAAACAAGGUCAUUGUUAUAAUAAUGGUGUUUUUGUGUUAAGCCAGUUGGUGUAGUGGUAAACCAUCUUUGGUGGACCACUUCACAAUUUUACUGUUUACAUAAGAUAUGCAGUUUGUUGCAAUCUGCAAUUUGCAGUAUAAUUAUGUACUUAUUCUGUAUCUCCAUGCUUGAUAGCAAGGGGUCAAUAAAUUUUGUUACAAAACAGAAA